AUGCUUCCAACUACAUUAGGAUCACUUCCUGAAGUUAAAGAGGAAUACCCAGGCGCAUGUUUGGUCGAGCGUACUGCACGAUUACAGCAAUUUAUCGAAUUGGGCCCUCCGGAUUUAUGUAACAUUUAUAAGCAUUCCAUUAACGCCAAAAGAGAAAAUGGCGAGAUUGGUACUUUCUUGUACUUUACUGGUGUGGACACAUCCUCGAUAGCCUCCAUUGCUGCUCAUUUACAAAGUUUAGCUAACUUGAUGACUUCUAAACUGCAAUACUGGUUUGGCGAAAAGAAACAUUGGAAAGUUCCCCAAUUGACGUAUUGUUCAUUCAACGCAUUCAGUAAAGUUGAUAUGAGGGUAACUGUGCAUAUCCCGGGCAAAUUUGAGAUUCAAGUAUUGAACCAGGAUGGGAAACAGAUACAGGAUAAAGUCAAUGCGGACCAGAUGGAAAAGUUCUGGUUAGAAACAUUUGUUACCGCUAUUGUGAGAAGUAUUUUAGAGAGUGAAGAUGGCGAUGAUGUCAAUAAGGUCGGGGGAGUUGUUGAGAUUAGGAAAAUUAACCCAUUUAACAAUGGUAUUACAUCAAAGGAAUUGUUAAACGACUUUUUACAUGGGUUUGAAGAGUUGUUUUUCCAAGGUACCAAGUUGGGCAGCUCAGUUGAUAUUCCACUGCCUACAUUGAUCAACAACUAUUUAAUUGAUGGUUUUAUCAAAGUGAUUCAGUUGACACAAUCUUAUGAUCGAGGAUUGGAGAUUUUGGAUAGAUUAUACAAGAUUGAGCCCAGUGUGGUGUCAAUUAUCGCUAAGCUCCAGUUGUUGAAGCAGGACGAGAUUGAAGCUGUAAAGACAAUGUACAAAGGGAUCAGCGACAACAAAAGGGACUCGAAUUUGUUGGUGUUGCAAGCUGAAUAUUGUUUGGACAAAAAGAAACCAGAUUUGGCACUUGAAAUUGCCAAACAGGCAGUGAAAUCAUCACCUUCGGACUUUUUGACGUGGUCAGUCUUGGUCAAAUGCUAUACCAAGUUGAGCGACUAUGAGAACGCAUUAUUGACAUUAAACUCGUGUCCAAUGAAUUCACACAAGGAGAAGUACCAAUUGAAAAGAGUUGUUCCAAUUAGAUCACACGAAGACUUGCACUUGCCGUCGCCAUUGGAUGUCACUAUGGAUGAGGUAUCAAAUUUGCAAAGCAACGAUAUCAGUUAUGAGCACAAGAAUUUGGACCCACAGUUGGUAAACUUACCUGCAGCCAACCUUAAAUCUACAUAUGCCAAGGCAUAUGACUUGUUGACAGAAAUUGUUGCCAAGACCGGCUGGGAACAAUUGUUGAAGUACCGUGCAAAAGUAUUUGUUAUGGAAGAAGAAUAUAGAAAGGAUAGAAAAGCUGCUGCUGCCAAUGGACAUUUACGAAAAAGUUCAACUCUCUCGUCGGUGAAUGUCAACAAUGUUAAAGUGAGCGACGAUAGCACGGCCAAUUUGGAGAGCGAUGUUGACUCCACUACUGGUGUUAAAUCUCCAAUACAAGAAAGACACACUGAAAGCAAUCUUGGAGAAGAAACACCAGCAACAGCAGCUGCUGCUGCUGCCUCUGGCAUUGGAACCGACAGUGCGAAUGCAACUGCAACUGCAACUGCAACUGCAAAUGACGCCAACACAAUUGCUGAUCAAGAGUAUGAAGAUGAGUUUAGAAAAAAGAGACUUUGUGAAAGAUGGUUGGACAAUUUGUUUAUGCUAUUGUACGAAGACUUGCGUGCAUACACUGUGUGGCAAGCCGAAUCCUUACACUUUCAAGCACAGCAGAUGGAGUAUAAAAAGACGACAUUGGAAUGGGAGAUCCUAGGGUCUAUUGCUUAUAGGUUGAAACAUUUCAAAGAAGGUUCGGCAGCAUUUGCCAAUGCAUUAAGUGGGCGAUUUUCUGCGAAAUCACAAACUGAAAUGUUAAAGUAUUACUUGAAAGAGCGUAACAGAUUGCUUACAAGAAAUGCACCCGUCUCACAAGGUCUGCUGCUGCAUCUGUCGUCGCUGUCGGCGAAUUAUAUUCAAAAUUACUCAAAGUUGAUGAACCAGUUAAAUGAAAAGAUUUUGGAAAGUAUAGUCAAACUUUUGGUGUGGAACCACAGAUGGUAUUCUGAUUUCUCGCCAUUUUUGCUCUUGAGUUUGAGUGAUUUAGUUGCUUGGGAAGGUUCAUUAAAGAUUGAAAGUUCCAUCAAGGCAUUAUACAACGAGGGCAAAUUUACUGGACACGGUAGUGGUAGUGCAUUAAGCGGCGGCAGUAGCUCCCUGAAAGAUGGAAGCAAGGAUAAAUUCGACACUAUUGGAAAUCACGGUGUCGUUGAGAUGAUGAAAGAUUUGAAUGAUGACUAUAUAAAAUUAUAUAAUUUGAGCAACGCUGAUUAA